AUGAUUUUUGGGGAUGUCAGUUUAGAAUACAAGAGAAUUUGGGAUUAUGCAGCAGCAAUUAUCAAGCAUAACCCAGGUAGUACUGCUGUGGUGAAGGUAGAUGGGAUCGAAAACCCACCUCCUUUGUUUCAGAGGUUGUAUGUGUGUUUACAGGCUUGCAAGGAAGGGUUUAUGGGUGGUUGUAGGCCCAUAAUUGGUGUUGAUGGAGCUCACUUGAGAGGUUCAUACCCCGGUAUUCUAUUGACAGCAGUGGGCAAGGACGGAAAUAACAACAUUUUCCCCGUGGCUUGGGCUGUAGUCGAGACUGAAAGUUCAGAGACAUGGGUUUGGUUUUUGGAGUUGCUGAGGAAUGACAUUGGUUCAGUUGCUGAUUCUGUCACUUGGGUUCAUGAGAAAGAAGAGAUAACCUACAUGUGUGACAGACAAAAGGGUUUAUUGGAUGCUUUCAACACCGUCAUGCCAAAUGCAGAGACAAGAUACUGUUGUAGACAAAUAUGGGCUAAUUUCAAAAAGAAGUUCCCCGGGGUAAUAUACAAAGAACAUUUUUGGAAGGCUGCAAGAUCCUCUACAAAGUUUGGGUUUGGUUGUCUGUACUGUUUUGCUAGUUUCUGGUCUGCUCUUAGGUUUGGUAAGAUCAGGCAUGCUUUCUCUACAUCAUCAAAGUCUGGUAUGCUUCUCAACAAUUGCUGUGAAAGUUUCAAUAAUGUGUUAAGGGAGGCAAGGGCAAAACCAAUCCUACAGUUGAUGGAGUGGAUUCGGAGGUACGUAAUGCAAAGGUUUUUAGCAAAAAGGGAGGGAUUGAAGAGAUUUGACGGGGUCAUUAUGCCAUCUGUAGUCAAAAUGGUUCAUAAGGGUCUAGAAGAAGCGAGCAACAUGAGGAUUAACCAAGCUGACUUGUAUGAAUUUGAAGUUGAUCAUAAAGAAGACACCUUUGUUGUGAACUUGGAAACAAAUGUGUGUGGCUGCUAUAGAUGGACCCUCAUGGGAAUUCCUUGUUGGCAUGCUAUGGCAUGCAUCCAACUGAGAAGGCUGAACUAUGAAGAGUUUAUCCACCCUGCCUACCAUGUACAAACAUAUACCAAGGCUUAUGCUCCUGCCUUUAAAGCCAUGUCAGGCCAAAAGCAAUGGGAAGUCACACCCUACCCCGGACCACUUCCUCCUCCUUACAGGAAAAUGGCAGGUAGGCCUAGCAAGAUGAAAAGGGUAAAAGAAAAAGGGGAAGCUCAGGAAAAACAACAAGUUAAGAGAGCUAAGAGGCAAAACAAAUGCAGCAGAUGUGGUGGUCUUGGCCAUUACAGAACGGAGUGUUCAAACCCCAUACCGAAUGUAGUUGGAACUUCUGUACCUGCUGAAGUUAAUGUUGUUGCUACUGCUGAUGUACCAAUAUCAAGCUCUGCUCCUCAACCCUUUACACAAAGUCAACGAUGA